AUGGACAAGCUGUUUAAUGUUGGACGAUUGGUUGAUUUCCAGUGGAAGCUAGGUGUGUCAGUAUCAUCAAACAAGUGCGAGCAACUGAACACUCCAUUCAUUUCAGUCUUUGUCAAGGUAUUGGACACCAACAAUCAAUUGGCAUCACAUUCAUUCGAGUUGUCUGUACCAGAGUUCCAAGACUUUGCACAGCAGUUCAAGGACAUGUCAACUCUGAUGGACUCAUUGUAA